ACUUUGAGCCUGACGGCCAUGCUGUGGCCACCUGAAGGUAAAUAAUGGCGGCUACAGUCAAUUAACCGGGGAUUUGCUAUGAAGGUUUCCCGAAUAUUUGGGAUCGUUAUUAGAUGCACCUUACAAGCAAUGAAGAGGUCUAAAAUGUCUGGUAAAUCCCCUCCAACCAGAACGAGGAGAGCGGCUCUAACGGAUUUGCUUUUAGCCUACAUCGUUAUUGCUGCACUGGCUGUUACAUUUUAUGUGUAUUUCAUCACUUCCGCAACACAACACGUCAACGCCAUUCAGAUCUCUCGAAAGGCAUAUCAAAAAGAUUUUCUGCGAAGGCAACGAAACACGAACAAGCUUGCCAACCAAUGGGGAGACAACUCUGUACUUUAUAACAUAGGCCAAAAUCGACAAGGGUUUGGAUUUCCAAACGGCAAUGGAAAUAUUAAAGAACUUUCAGCGGUUGAGAAAGACUUGAUGCCAGUUGAAUCUUAUUUGGGAGAUGAAACCAGACCGCAGUCAUGUGACAACUGUUUUAAGUACAAUGUGAAGACCGUGAUACAGGGAAAGUCAUGUUUACUGUCAUGGGCAAGUAAACACAUAGAUGUUUUAGUUCUAAUAACCUCUGCUCCAGGAAACAUCGACAGAAGAAACGCUGUGCGCGAGACCUGGUUGUCUCCAUAUCAAAACAACACCAGCAAUGUGCGAUAUUUAUUUCUUUUAGGUUUGAGUGAAUACAUGGCAUCUGAUGCUCUGAUUCAGCAAGAAAACACAGUACAUGGGGAUAUACUCCAAGGUGACUUCUUGGAAGAUUAUCACAACCUUACAUACAAAACCCUGAUGGGAAUGACAUGGGCAGUCCAUUACUGCAAAGAGGUAAAAUUAAUCAUUAAAGUAGAUGACGAUGUUUGGUUAAAUAUACCAACAUUACUGGGACUACUUCACUAUAAACGUAUUCCUUUCGCUCUUGGUGGCAAAUGUACAUACAACUCAGCACCCGCAAGGAGUCCAGAUUCUAAAUGGUAUGCGUCGUUCCGGAGUUACCCGGAAGAUCACUAUCCGCCAUUUUGUGCAGGACCGGGGUAUGUGCUGUCGCCUAAGACCGCAGCAAAUAUUUUAGAAGUUUCUAAAAAUGUUCCCUAUUUUCACCUUGAGGAUGUGUACAUUGGGAUGUGUAUUCAGAAACUAAAGCAACGAAUACAAACUAUUCACGGAUUUAUGUCAUUCAAGCCGCCUGGCCAUUUAUGUCAUCUGCGACACAAUUCGAUAGUCCUGAUUCACGAGGUGUCGCUGAAUGAUAUGCGGCUGGCUUUUGGGAACAGGUGUGGGGGGAAUGUGCACAAUACCUUACUGGGCAAGAUGAGGCACAAGAUGUGGGCUUAAGUGGCUUAAGAGUAACUUGACUGCCUUGUACAUUCCCAGCAAAUGUCAAGCAUGUCAUCAUGUCUGUUAGUAUCCCAACUGACAGUGCUGUAAAUGAUACCGCAUAA